AUGCCCGGUGUCGUCGAAACGCCACUGGGGGCUGCGGCCCAACCGGUGGACCUAGGAUACAGUGUUGCUCAUCAGAAAGUUGAGCUGGAGAUUGACUUUGCAAACAAGGGUCUCAAGGGGAAGACCGAAAUUACGAUCCAUCCGCGCACCAAGGACCUGAAAACAAUCCGUCUCAACUUUCGGCAGGGCGAGGUUAAGCGCUUGAAUGUCAAUGGGAAGGCAGCAACGACGAAAUAUGCAGACCCCUGCGAAGCGCUUCAGCUCUACGGACCGCACUACCACGAGCGCCUGACUCCCAAAAUCGAUGCCCUGUUGCAAACCCCACCAGAACCGGAGUUAUGCAUCACAAUACCCAAGAGCGUCCGUAUUGAGGAGCUGGACCCGUUCUCUGCAGAGGCCCAGGACCAGAUGGCUUUGCAGGGUGCUGGGGACGACGUGGACGGACCAGCAAGCACCAAGUUGCCCGAAGCCAACCUCCCGCGAUUCACGGCGGUCACCGUGUUUAUCGAGUUUAGCCUGGAUCAUAUUCGCGAUGGGCUACAGUUUGUCGGGUGUGAGAAUGGAGACUGGCGAUAUCCACACGCGUAUACUUCCAACUCUCUGGAAUCCGGGGUCGGAUGCCCUCUGUUCCCAUGUGUGGAUAACCCAGCAUCGCGCUGUACAUGGGAAUUCUUGAUCACUUGCCCGUCCUCGUUGGGGGAUGUUUUUGGAUCGGGCUCGACCACGCCAUCUCGCUCAAAGAAGCAAAAUCGAUACGUUUCUGCAGAUGAUGAGGGCUUGGAUAUGUCAGUGGUGUGCUCGGGCGACCUAACGGACGAUAUCGUGGAUCCGAACAAUCCAAGCAAGAAGACCGUUUCAUUUGCGUGCUACUCGCCUCUUUCUGCUCAGCAGAUUGGUUUCGCGGUCGGGCCUUUUGAAUAUGUCAAUCUGGCCGACUUCCGUGAAAGCGACCAAGAUGAACAGCUUGGGCAAAAUGCCAUCCCAUUGCACGCCUUUUGCCUCCCGGGGAGAGGCGACGAAGUCCAAAACACAUGUUUCCCUAUGGCGAAGGCCAUUGACUUCUUUUCCCUAUCCUACGGAUCAUACCCUUUCUCUAGCUAUAAAAUCUGCUUCGUGGAUGAUGUCGCAGAGGAUGCCCUGCCUGCGGCGGGCAUGUCAAUCUGCAGUACCCACCUUCUCUUCCCCAUGGAGAUCAUCGAUGCGAUGUACGAUUCGACACGGGCUUUGGUGCAUGCGCUGGCAUGCCAGUGGACUGGAAUUAACAUUAUUCCAAACGAGCCGGUAGACACGUGGGUGACAGUUGGCGUGGCAUGGUACAUCACGGACACGUUCAUGCGGAAGCUAUGCGGGAACAACGAGUAUCGGUUUCGGCUCAAGCAGAUGUCAGACCAGGUUCUCGAGCUGGACUACGAGCGACCAUCGAUAUACGAGAUGGGUACCAUCUUGAAAAUUGAUGCGUCGGAAACUCGCUUCAUUGCACUCAAGGCACCUUUGGUCCUUUUCAUUCUCGAUCGACGACUCACCAAGGCGAGUGGAAAGGCUACCAUGUCACGCAUCAUUUCUCGGCUUUUCUUGAACUCCCGUAUGGACGACAUUCCAAACGGAGCCGUUACGAGUUCGAUGUUCCAGAAGUUAUGUGAACGCCUUGGCCACGCAAAGUUAGAUGUCUUCUUCCAGCAGUGGGUGUACGGGGCCGGGUGUCCGCGCUUCCAGGCCACGCAGCGUUUCAACAAGAAGAAGCUUGUCGUUGAAAUGAUGAUCAGACAGGUUCAAGGGGACCAACAGGGGCCUCGUGAUUUGGAGAAGCACGCGUUCCUGCGAGAUCUCAAAGAAGAAGUUCGGCACGUUUAUGCCGGGUCAGUACAGCCAGUCUUCACGGGCUCGAUGACUCUACGUAUUCACGAAGCCGACGGCACCCCAUACGAGCAUAUCGUCGAGAUCAAAGAAGGGGUGACCAAAUUUGACAUCCCUUACAACACGAAGUACAAGCGACUUAAACGAAACAAGAAGCAAAGAGAACGAGCCGUCGCUGCUGGCGAUACCGCAGAUACACAAGAGGACGUCUUGCUCUAUUGUCUAGGCGAUGUGCUUCAAACCGAGGAGGAAACGCAGGCCUGGCGUCUGGCAGACUGGAGCAAAGAAGACGAGGAACGGAUGGGCCAAGAAUCCUACGAGUGGAUUCGCAUGGAUGCGGAUUUCGAGUGGAUAUGUAAGCUUUCGCUGGGCAUGCCGGGGUACAUGUACCUGUCGCAACUCCAGCAAGAUCGCGAUGUUGUUGCUCAAUUAGAGUCCCUGCAAUACAUGGCUGCCCAAAGAGAACACCCUCUGAUCUCCACUAUCUUUGUCCGGACACUUAUGGAUAACCGAUACUUCCACGGGAUCCGCGUUGCUGCGGCACGGGCGUUGGUGAAGCACGCCAAAGAUGAAGUUGACUGGAUUGGGCUGUUCCAUUUGGAGAAAGCAUUCCAAGAGCUCUUCUGUCUCCCCAAUUCACCCAUGACCCGGUCGAAUGAUUUCUCUGAUCGAGCUGCCUACAUUCUCCAACAGGUCAUCCCGGAGGCGAUUUCGAAGGUGCGCGACAACGGUGGGAAAACGCCAAUGCGAGUGAAGCGAUUCCUCUUUGACAAGCUGAAGUUCAACGACAACUCCACGAACGAGUUUUCUGAUAACUUCUACGUCGCCUCUCUGAUGCGGUCCCUAUGCGAUGCCAUGCUUGGUAGAAGCGAACCGCGGCCGGAGGAAGAGCUAGAUCAUUUCGAUAUGGAACGCGUUCUUGAAGCCCAAGCCGAAGAGCAGCUUGAAAAAGACACCAUUGCUGAAAUCGAUCGGUAUCGGCGAAUUGAUGAUUGGUCUAGCUCUUUCCAAAACAUAUACGCUCGGGCUGCUUUGCAAUGUCAGAUGCAAUUCAUGCAGGCACGAAUGAUAGAGCUUGAUCCGAUGCGUUUCAUUCCCUAUACACGGCCCGGCACAUACGAUCUGCUCCGACUCCAAGCUUUCGAGUGCCUCGUCAACCUCGACCUAUCUAACAGUCCCGAACUCAUGCGGUGGCUUGUCUUCACUUUGUCGAGUGAUCCGUCUGCAUAUGUCCGUCAACACUGCCAGGCUCUGUUUGGUCAAGCUUUGGCGCAGAUCGCCUUCGGGCGACCCCAGCAAGAAACUACACAAGCAGGCGGACUGAUCAUUGAACAAGAGUCAUCCACCGCAGUGCGACAAGCCGAUCUCGCACGCCGGCAGACUGUCCCAGGCGCCAUCGAAGCCCUCAAGCGGGAACUUGCGAGUGACACAUCUCUUAAGGAAUACCUCUGGGCCGCUUGCAACUCCCCGUACCUGGGAAUCUUAGAGCUCUCCGAGCUAAACGACAUCUGUCGGGCAUUGUAUGACCCAGUCAGAUCUAAGGUAGCGCGGCUGAAGCUGCCUCGCUUCUGGAAAGCGGAAAAUAUGGGCAAUGGGAAAGUGCGGUUCUACCGAUCCACCAACGUCCGCAGCAGUUUCUCCUCCAAGGAUUCUACAUCCGCCAAGCGCAAACGUGAGGAGCAAGGGAUGCCUCCUCCUCUACCGAGGAUCACCUUCAAGCAGUCCAAGACUGUCGCUGGUCCUGGUACACCGAGCUCAUCUCGUCCCAGCCCGCAACCCUUCCCCAAAAUCACCAUCCCCAAACCCUCGCCUACCCCCACCGCGGCACCCAGCACUCCUGCCCCAUCUACUCCUGCAACUCUGGCUAGCGGUGGCGGGCUCAAGCUCAAGCUGAAGUUUGGCUCGAAGCCGAAAUGA